GCGUGUGAGCGCCUCGGCCUGCGUCGCGUCCGCGCGGUCCCCGCGGGGCUUUGCCGGGCACUGUGCCGCGCGGGCGGCCUCGCCCGAGCUCGGAGACCGGCGCGCCCUACCGCUCUCCGGGUCGGGGCUCCGCGCGGUCCCGGGAGGCCGCCCUCCCGCGUCCGCCGCCGCGCGGGGAGCCGGACCGGGCGAGAGGCGGCGCGGAGACCUGGAGCCGAGGUCCGCGCCCGGCCGCCGCCCGCGAUGCUGCUCUCCAAGUUCGGCUCCCUGGCACACCUGUGCGGGCCGGGCGGCGUGGACCACCUCCCGGUGAAGAUCCUGCAGCCAGCCAAGGCGGAAAAGGAGAGCUUCGAGAAGGUGUAUCAGGUGGGCGCCGUGCUGGGCAGCGGCGGCUUCGGCACGGUCUACGCUGGCAGCCGUAUCGCUGACGGGCUCCCGGUGGCCGUGAAGCACGUGGUCAAGGAGCGGGUGACCGAGUGGGGCAGCAUCGCCGGCGCGGUUGUGCCACUGGAGGUGGUGUUGCUCCGCAAGGUGGGCGCGGCCGGCGGCGCGCGCGGGGUCAUCCGCCUGCUGGACUGGUUCGAGCGGCCCGACGGCUUCCUACUGGUGCUGGAGCGGCCCGAGCCGGCGCAGGACCUGUUUGACUUCAUCACGGAGCGCGGCGCCCUCGACGAGGCCCUGGCGCGCCGCUUCUUCGCUCAGGUGCUGGCUGCCGUGCGCCACUGCCACAGCUGCGGGGUCGUGCACCGCGACAUAAAGGACGAGAACCUGCUGGUGGACCUGCGCUCGGGCGAGCUCAAGCUCAUCGACUUCGGCUCGGGCGCUCUGCUCCGCGACACGGUCUACACCGACUUCGACGGCACCCGCGUAUACAGCCCCCCGGAGUGGAUCCGCUACCACCGCUACCACGGGCGCUCGGCCACCGUGUGGUCCCUGGGUGUGCUGCUGUACGACAUGGUGUGCGGGGACAUUCCUUUCGAGCAGGAUGAGGAGAUUCUCCGGGGCCGCCUCUUCUUCCGAAGGAGGGUCUCCCCAGAGUGCCAGCAGCUCAUUCAGUGGUGUCUGUCUCUGCGGCCCUCGGAGCGGCCCUCGCUGGACCAGAUUUCUGCCCACCCCUGGAUGCUGGGGGCCGAGGGGGGCACCCCAGAGAGCUGUGACCUGCGGCUCUGCGCCCUGGAUACCGACGAUGGGGCCAGCACCACCUCCAGCAGUGAGAGCUUGUGAGCAGGGCCUGCGCCUGGCCGCGGGGGCCGGAGGGACCCCCUGCCCUGACCAGGCUGUCUGCUCCUUUGCGAAAGCAGUGAUCUCUGACCCCUGGUGACCUUUGCCUUUGGCACCAACCCGUUUCCUUUGCUUUGAGUGCCUUUUCCAACGCUGCUCUCACGGGACUUGGUUUUCUCAAGCUCUGUCUGUCCAAAGACACUCCGGACCAAGCCAGGUCCUGCCUGCCCACCGCCGGUGCUUGCCGAGACCGUCCCUCUCCUGUGCCACUCGGGAGCGGGCCCUGACCGCCUGGCACCUCUGCGUCUGAUGUGGGGGACCAGGAGCACUCCCGAGUCCUGUGGCCUCAUCUCACCUGAGCACAGGGCCCCUGGUGACCCCCCCCCCCAACGUCUCGGUGUUCGUCUGGGCGCGACUGCACAAAGAAUGCAGCGUUCAGGCCUUGCUGCCCGCCCACCCGAUGCGCGUGCGCGUGCAGGCGUCUUAUUUAUGGGGUGACCCCGAGGAGGGCUAUUUAUUGUUUAAUUUAUUUGUCAAGGUUUCUCCCUCCCAGCAGCCCUACCUCCUUAAGGCCUGUGGGCGGAGGAGGGGGGUGGCUGUGCGUGUGGACCCCAGGCCCCAGUCCUUCCUGUGUCUGUCAGAAGGUGGGCUGGUACAGUGGCUAAUUUAAGGGGUGUGGGUGACCCUGCCACCUCGAAGCCCUGCGCCUAGGGGGUGGGUUUUAAAUUAUUGACAUUGUACAGUCUGCUUGUUGGCUCUGGAGGUUGGGGGUGGGGGGCAGAGUCUCAAGCCUUUAAUUUAUUUCAGCAGCUGUGUGUUUGUGAUCCCGGUGUGUGUAGGCACUGUGGAUAGGGGCUUCUUUCAGUUCAAAAGUGAGAUGUCUGGAAAUCAUAUUUUUUUAUACAAGUAUUUCAAUUAAAUUGUUUUGUAUUAUA